CUGCAGCAAAAUAAUAGGAAGGAGGUUCGCUUGCUUUGUGCAGAGGCUGAGCCACAGGAGAAGGCAAAGUCAAUGUGAUUUAUUGAAUGAAAGCACUGGACAAUCACCAGCAACUUGCUCCUCUGCUGCCUCGAACAACCUAAACUGGAACUGUCGUGUGAAAAUGACCCAACAAAUGCAGAGUUUACAUCUUUCUCAGUCAAAAAAACAUAGCGCCCCAUCAUCUCCCAAUGCUGCCAAACGGCUGUACAGGAACCUAUCUGAGAAACUGAAGGGAAGCCACUCUUCAUUUGAUGAGGCCUACUUUAGAGCAAGGACUGACCGGCUGAGUCUCAGAAAGACCUCGGUGAACUUCCAGGGCAACGAAGCCAUGUUUGAAGCAGUUGAACAGCAGGACAUGGAUGCUGUGCAGAUCCUUCUGUAUCAGUACACAGCAGAAGAACUAGAUCUCAAUACUCCUAACAGUGAGGGGUUGACACCUCUGGAUAUUGCCAUCAUGACCAACAAUGUGCCCAUUGCUAGGAUUCUCCUGAGGACAGGAGCUAGAGAAAGUCCACACUUUGUCAGCCUGGAAAGUCGAGCGAUGCACCUCAACACACUGGUGCAGGAAGCCCAGGAGAGGGUGAGUGAACUGUCUAUUCAGGUGGAGAAUGAAGGAUUCAAUCUGGACAACACAGAGAAAGAGAAACAGCUGAAAGCUUGGGAGUGGAGGUACCGGCUCUACAGACGCAUGAAAACAGGCUUCGAACAUGCCAGAGCCCCUGAGGUGCCAACCAAUGUCUGCCUCAUGGUAACCAGCAGCACAUCACUCACCGUCAGCUUCCAAGAGCCUCUUAGUGUCAAUGCAGCUGUAGUGACCAGAUAUAAAGUGGAAUGGAGUAUGUCUAAAGACUUCUGUCCUUUGGCUGGAGAAAUCAUCAUGGAGGACCUACAGACCCUGAGAUGCACAAUUACAGGGCUUACAACGGGCCAACAGUACUUUGUUCAAGUCUCGGCUUAUAACAUGAAAGGAUGGGGACCUGCUCAGACCACGACGCCAACAUGUGCCUCUCCUUCUAACUGGAAAGACUAUGACGACAGAGAGCCCAGACACAAGGGACAGAGUGAAGUUUUGGAAGGUCUGCUGCAGCAGGUCCGAGCCCUUCAUCAGCAUUAUAGUUGCCGAGAAAGUUCAAAAUUACAAACCACAGGCCGCAAGCAGUCAGUCUCAAGGAGCCUGAAACACCUAUUCCAUUCCUCAAACAAGUUUGUGAAGACCUUGAAACGGGGACUCUACAUAGCCGUUAUAUUUUAUUACAAAGACAAUAUGUUAGUCACCAAUGAAGAUCAAAUACCGAUCGUUGAAAUAGAUGACUCUCACACCAGUUCCAUCACACAAGAUUUUCUGUGGUUCACAAAGCUGUCUUGUAUGUGGGAAGAUAUAAGGUGGUUAAGGCAAAGUGUGCCUAUCUCCAUGUCCUCAUCCACAGUACUGCAAACUCGGCAGAAGAUGCUCGCAGCAACAGCCCAGCUACAGAAUUUACUUGGAACACACAAUUUGGGAAGAGUUUACUAUGAGCCCAUUAAAGACCGGCAUGGAAACAUCCUCAUAGUCACCAUCAGAGAGGUGGAGAUGCUCUAUUCAUUUUUUAAUGGCAAAUGGAUGCAGAUCUCAAAGCUGCAAAGCCAGAGGAAGUCUCUGUCAACACCCGAGGAGCCAACAGCCUUAGACAUUUUACUGAUAACCAUCCAGGAUAUUCUCUCCUAUCACAAAAGGAGUCAUCAACGUCUCUCUCCUGGAUUAUAUCUGGGUUAUCUAAAGCUGUGUAGCUCUGUGGAUCAGAUCAAAGUUCUUGUUACCCAAAAGUUGCCCAACAUUCUCUGCCAUGUGAAGAUCCGUGAAAACCAUAACAUUUCCAAAGAGGAGUGGGAAUGGGUCCAAAAGCUUUCUGGCUCUGAAUCUAUGGAAAGUGUGGAUCAUACUUCUGACUGCCCCAUGCAAUUGUUCUUCUACGAGCUCCAGAUGGCAGUGAAAGCUCUCCUUAAGCAGAUCAAUAUACCUCUACACCAGGCAAGGAACUUCCGCCUCUACACACAGGAGGUGUUGGAAAUGGGUCACAAUGUGUCCUUUCUUCUCCUGCUCCCUGCCUCAGACGACGUCUGUACAGCCCCAGGACAGAAUAAUCCUUACACCCCACACUCAGGGUUUCUUAACCUCCCUCUUCAGAUGUUUGAACUUGUUCACUUUUGCAGCUACAGGGAGAAAUUUAUUAGUCUGUAUUGCCGCCUUUCUGCUGUUGUGGAGCUGGAUUCUCUGAAUACCCAACAGUCCCUGAGGGAAGCGAUCUCAGACAGCGAGGUUGCAGCUGCCAAACAAAGACACCAGCAAGUUUUAGAUUUCAUUCAGCAAAUAGAUGAAGUUUGGCGUGAAAUGAGAUGGAUCAUGGAUGCUCUACAGUAUGCAAGAUACAAACAAUCAAUGUCAGGCUUACCCAUCACUAAGCUUAUAGACCCCUCAGAUGAGCAGAACCUAAAGAAGAUGAGCUCUACAUCAUCACAUAUAGACUGUCUUCCAUCACCAUCCCCAUCCCCGGAGAUGCACAGAAGAAAGGCAGUGACAGAUUCGCAGCCCUGCUCGGAUGAAGAAGGCUGCUCGGAAGUCUUCCUCCCCACCGACAGUGACUACGACUCCAGCGACGCCCUGAGCCCCCGAGACCUGGACCUGGUGUACCUGUCCUCGCACGACAUCGCCCAGCAGGCGCUCAGCGGCCUAAGCGGCAGUGCCCCCGACGUCCUGCAGGUGCACGACACGAAGUCUUCAACCGGGUCGGACCAGGACCCCCAGGGCCAGGUUCCGGGCCCGGACCCAGACCACGCGUGUGCCGAGUUCCUCCACGGCCUGACCCUCACGGGCUUCGGGCCCAAGAACCACGCCAAAACGGCUCCGGGCGCGCGGCCGCCGCCGCUGGGCUUCCUGGGAAAGCGGAAGCCGGCCAAGCACCAGCACUACGGCGGCUUCAGCCGGCACCACCGCUGGCUGCGCAUGCACAGUGAGACGCAGUCGCUCUCGCUCUCCGAGGGCGUUUACACGCCGCACCUGUCCCGGGCCGGCGACCUGGCCCAGCAGCCCGGGGAGGCUGAGCGGCCCGGAUCUACCGCCGAGGGGCCGCGGGGCCUGGCUCUGACCCACGCUGCGAGCCUCCCUGAGGGGCGGCAGAGCAUCCUCCAGGACCCGAGGCCUUCCAUGCACCGCAUCUACGUGGAGCCGUACCCCGAGGCCCUGGUGGACAGGGACGCGAAGUCCUGGGCCAGCCUGAGGCCACCUCCUGGGGGCCACUCCCGCCUGCCCAGCCCCACCCGCCCAGAGAGGAGCCCGGAGCCUCCGGCCACCUCCCAGGUGUCAGAAAUACUCAGCAGCAUGCUUUAGGGAGGCCACGAUCGGCUGUGCAUCAUUCCACAGCAAGUCCCUGCAUUUUCUAUCACCCAGCCUGCCCCCACCAUGUCCCCACCCAUUUUCAAAUGGUUCGAAUGUUAGAAAAAAAAAAAAAUCCAAAGGUUACAGGUUCAAGGCUCCCCCAUUUUUUUAUGUAAGAGUAGAGUUGGGGUAAAGGCGAGAGUUGGCCAGUGUCAUUCCCAGUUCAGCCUACAAAAGGCAUAGAGGAGCUUUUGUAUGAACCUAGAGUCCUGGACGUAACCGUCCCAACAUGCCUCCUUUUUGGUGGCACCUGUGACUAAGGUAGGGCAGCCCAACGAGCCACCCUCAGUUCUGCAGCUGGCUUUGUAAUCUGACCCCUGGGUUUAGGGCUCUUUCCUGAAUCUGUGAUUGAUAGGAGGAGUCCUAUAGAUGAAAA